AUGGACAACCAGCUGAUCAAGGCGCAGUCGAUUCGGAUUCUGGUGCUCGACGAGGCCGACCUCCUCUGCAAGAACGAGUUCCUGGAGCAGAUCCACUCGAUCUACACGUUCCUGAAGCCGGAGCAGCUGCAGGUCCUCUUCUUCAGCGCCACCUACUCGCCAGAGGAGAUCAAGACCAUCUCGUACAUCGUGAAGGAGGCAGUUGAGAUCGACCUCAGAAAUGACGAAUACACCCUACAGGGAAUCAAGCAGUACUUCAUCAACCUGGGCAGCCCGUACGACUCCAAGUUUGGUGGCCGAUUCAGUCUCGAGAAGAAGAAGAUGGAGCUCUGUCUCAAGGUCCAGACGCUCAUCAACGUCCUCAGGAGCCAGCCACUCGGCCAGAUGAUGAUAUUCGCAAGGAGGAAGGCAGACGCACAGGACGUGUUCAGGAUGCUCGAGGACGAGAAGUUCCAGUGUGCCCUGAUAUCGAGUGACCUGAAUCAGGAGCAGCGAAAUGACGUCAUAUCGGAGUUCAAGAACGGGAAGAAGAGGAUUCUGGUCACGUCCGACAUCUGCAAGAGGGGGAUUGACGUGCAGGGGCUCUCUGUCGUCAUCUGUCUCGAUGUCCCAGCCUACGACCAGAAGGAGGACUUCAUUCACAGGGUGGGAAGAGCAGGUCGAUACGGAAAGAGGGGAAUUGCUCUACACAUUCUGAAUCAGUUUGAGUACGAGACACUGGCUAAGAUAGCAGGUGACUAUAGAACAGUUCUAGAGGAGUUGCCAAAGACAUUCUCGUUCAGUGAAUAG